UAGUUAAGUUUGCCGCACAUAAUGAUGGUAACAGGUUUCAGUGAUCUUUUUUUUUUUAUGACAGAUGUACCAACAUUUAAUUGUUUUUCAUCAAGGGUGGAGAGAAAAGACACUUCUGUAGAUUUUUCAAUUCUCCUACGUGUCACUUAGCUGUCCUCACCAUUGUCUAAGCUCCUUUCUCUCAUCCUUUUUGCUGCAAUGCCUUGUGUCAUUCCCUCAUGAUCAGCACUUUUGUUGUCUUUGUUUUUUGCUGUACCUCAGAAGUCCAUCUUUUCUUUCAUCUCCUUCCCAUUCAUGCAUGAGGGAACAGUUGUGCCCUGUUGUGGGGAUGUUCCGCUGGGUUUCAAACAGUAGGGUUUCUUUUUAUUCUCUUCUAAGUAGUACAAUGGGGCUGAAUGUCUGUUGCAGAAUGCACACACUAAUAUGCCAGGUUAUUUGGUUUCUAAGAAGUCAAUAAAAAUACUACAUUUAGGCUCAGUCCUUGGCUUGCUUUUUGCCUGUUUGCCUUUAAUGUCUUCGGUUAUAAAUCUGUUUGUUUCUGAUAGUAAAAUAUAAUCUUCCAUAUUAGAUUGAAGCGUGGAAUCAACAAACAGAAAAAUGUUCCUGGCGGUGGAGUAUUUUCACACUAACAGAUUUGGCAGUCUGCACCCUCCCUCGAUAAGAGCCUUGAAACAGCCGCCAGAGCUAAUUAAUGGCAGCUACAAGUCAGAGAGGAGGGAAAAAGAGAGUGGGUCCUAACUUGGUCUUGGCAAAACUUUCCAGUGUGAGAAAGUAGCACGUCUCUGCAUUUAGAUGUGUGCGGCUUUGGCUAUUUUCGCCCAGAUCACCUUGCUUGAUUGUUGUUUUGGGUGGGGAGGUAAGUGUGAGCAUGAGUGUACCUAGUUAUAGACACAGACCCAGAGGCCAUCCCAGCAGUAAAAGGCUAAAGACAUAAAAAGCCAGAGAUGUCUUAAGACACUUUGUUCUCAUAUUCAGGAACAAUCUUCAAAAUCCUCCUUAAUGAGGUCAUAAAAGAAAAAAAUGGAACAAGUGUUCCUUGUGUAUCUCACUGGGGCAUGCAGUCAGGGUCACUUGCCACCAGUAUCCUAUUUAAAAAGGGAUUGGGGUAGUUCAAUCAAGCAUUGCAUUAAGAGAGAGACUUUGAUUAAUUCCUUCUCCUUUCUUUUGUGCCACAGAUAAUUUCAGUAAAUUUGUGAUACUUUCUGCUUAGCUAUCACUGGGGCUUAAAGUUCUGGAUGCGUCAUGCUGAGUAUUAGCAUUUAUCGGGCCUACUUGGUGAUGGUGAAGAGGAGUGUAUGCUACAGACAGCUGUCUAAUCUUUGACAAGCAGGGCUGGUCUUUAAACAUGACCAUUAUCUGAGAUCUUAGCGUAGGGAAGUUUCUGCUCUCAGGUUAGUGGAAAGAAAUCUUGGUGCGAAAGAAGGAAAGACUCAGCAGUGAGGAAGAUGGUGAUUUAUCAUGGCUAACUUUUUUAAAGGUACUGGAUCUGCCUCUCAGCUUGGGUAAGUUUCAGGGAUGGCUCUCAAAGGAAACAAAAGCAAGAAAGGGACAAGUGAGUGCUGGUAAUGUGUGCUUUCACUGAGGCUGCAGCGGGGGAGUUGCACAUUGGCCCCCGGACGGUCAGGAUCAGGAAACCACUUCUGGCAGCUGAUGUGCCCAGGCUUGGAUACAGUUCCUCCUCCAAUCACAAGUACAUUCCCCGGAGAGCAGUGCUCUAUGUACCUGGAAAUGAUGAAAAGAAAAUAAAGAAGAUUCCCUCCUUGAAUGUAGAUUGUGCGGUGCUCGACUGUGAGGAUGGUGUUGCUAUGAACAAAAAGAAUGAAGCUCGAUCGAGAAUAGUAAAAACUCUUGAAGACUUUGAUCUGGGCCCAACUGAAAAGUGUGUGAGGGUCAACUCGGUGUCCAGCGGUCUGGCCGAAGAAGACCUGGAGAUCCUCCUGCAAUCCCGGGUCCUUCCUUCUAGCCUGAUGCUGCCAAAGGUCGAAGGUCCUGAAGAAAUCCAGUGGUUUUCAGACAAAUUUUCAUUCUACUUAAAAGGCCGAAAACUUGAACAACCUAUGAAUUUAAUCCCUUUUGUGGAAACUGCAAUGGGUUUGCUCAAUUUUAAGACCGUGUGUGAAGAAGCACUAAAGACCGGACCUCAAGUGGGUCUUUUCCUAGAUGCUGUUGUUUUUGGAGGAGAAGACUUUCGAGCCAGCAUAGGUGCAACAAGUGGUAAAGAAGCCCAAGAUAUUCUGUACGCCCGACAAAAGAUUAUUGUUAUAGCGAAGGCCUUCGGUCUGCAGGCCAUAGAUCUGGUGUACAUCGACUUUCGAGAUGGAGAGGGGCUCCUCAGGCAGUCCAGGGAAGGAGCCGCAAUGGGGUUUACUGGUAAGCAGGUGAUACACCCUAACCAAAUUGCCGUGGUUCAGGAACAGUUUUCUCCUUCCCCUGAAAAGAUUAAGUGGGCUGAAGAACUGAUCACUGCCUUUAAAGAACAUCAACAAUUAGGAAAGGGAGCCUUUACUUUCCAAGGGAGUAUGAUCGACAUGCCAUUACUGAAGCAAGCCCAGAACAUUGUUACGCUUGCCACAUCCAUCAAGGAAAAAUGAUCUGUUAAAUGAAGC